AGAAAAGAAAACAAGCUUAUGGUCGGCUAAUUGCAGAAAUAUCUGUUUCUUAUCAAGAAUUAAUAUAUUAAUAGCAAUAUGGACAGUAAAUGGACUAAUCUAGGGCUCAUAGUAGCAGUUUUUGUCACCUUACUUAGUUCUGUAACUAGCUAUACUAUCACAGUCGAUGCCCAUGCCGAAGAGUGUUUUUUCGAACAUGUUGAAGCCGAUACGAAAAUGGGUCUAACCUUUGAAAUAGCAGAGGGUGGGUUCCUCGAUAUAGAUGUGACAAUCACGGGCCCCGACGGGACUGUGAUAUACCACGGCGAGCGAGAGUCAUCGGGCAUGUACACAUUCUCUGCUCAUGUGUCCGGCCGCUACACUUACUGCUUCAGCAACAAGAUGUCUACUAUGACACCAAAGGUUGUAAUGUUCAACCUGGAAAUCGGAGAUGCGCCCCACAAAGCGGAGGGAGACAAGGACGAGGCGGUGGACCACAACAAGCUGGAAGACAUGAUCAAGGAGCUGGCCACCACUCUCAAGACCGUCAAGCAUGAGCAGGAGUACAUGCAGGUUCGUGACCGCAUCCACCGCUCCAUAAACGAGAGCACGAACUCACGCGUGGUGCUGUGGUCUGUGUUCGAGGCGUCCGUGCUGCUCGUCAUGACCGUGGGGCAGGUGUACUACCUCAAGCGGUUCUUCGAGGUGCAGCGCGUCGUUUAACGCACCAUAUACUGCCUGGUUUUGAGUAAUUCGAUCAAGGCUUGCAAUACAGGGUUUGGUAAUAUGAUGACGAUGGAUUAUUAUUGUCGCACUUAUAAAGUGUUCAUCAUUUUCACGGACGACAUCCAUAGGGUGGGGCAUAGCAUCCAUAGAGCUCCAUUCCUACCGGCCUUUAUUUAAAUACUUUUAUUUAAAUACUUAAAGAUACAGAGUAUAAUUAAAGAAUAAAAUAACGAUGUAUGCUAAAAAAUCCCUGCAUUGCAUCUACAAUCUAUUUUACUCUAAAUCAGGUGGGUAUUGUAUUUAAAAUCAAUUCGUCAUUAGGCGAAAUGUGUUUUUAGUUCAAUCAGCAGUGUUAGCCAUUUUUUAAUCAAUGCAAUGUUUCUAUAU